AUGUGCGCACGGAACUUUAUUCUCCACUGGUGUCCUUGUGAGGACCAUGCCAGGGAGAUGUCGCUGGGCGCCGACAAAGACUCGCAAAAGCACUUUCCCCUCGCGGAGGUAGAAGGCCACACCAUCGUCAAACGCACCUUUACGCGUAGUUACACCUGGUGUGAUGAGUACUGCAACCAGCCCAGUUUCAUCAACACAUUCUUCCGCAAACCCCCCAAAUGUCCCAAGGGACCCUGCGGGGAGGACUUUCUCCACUUCCGUGCUACGGAGCUUUGCGAGGCAUGCCAAUCUAUCGGCUGCCCCGCUCCCAACCUCAACCGGCCUCCCCGAACCGAGUGCAGAUUCCAGCAUGAACUCAAAGAUGCCAGGAGAGAGACCAGAAAGGCCCGUCAUGCGGCCCGUCACGCUGCGGUGGAGCCAUCCGUCCUCCCGACCUCCCCAAUCCGCCCGCUCGCCCCAACACGCCCAGUAGCAGCCAGAAUCCCGCUUCUAUCGGACAGCCCACUCCGAACGAUCGACUUAAAGGCCCUGGACAAAUACGAGUCCGAGCGCCUAAAGAUCGACGCGGAGCGAAAAGCCAAGCGGACAGCCCGCAAGGAGCGCAAGAAACCCGGCAACACCCCCGCCGCCGAGGAAAAUGCCAACACCGCCCCCCAGCCCCAGCUGACUAGGAUAGAGCGCUGGCUGGAGGGAAUCCACAGACUCCAAGCCUACUUUGAAGGUAGGCGGAAGGAGCUGUCUGCUGAGCUCACAACCGCGCUAGAGGACACCAGCGACGGCAACGAGGAACUGGACCCCGCGGAGGGCACGCCCCGGCGCAGCGAGGAGGAUGAUACCGCCUCCAUCCGGACCGUGGUAUUCAACCCCAAAGGCUAA